AUGGCAGCAAAAGUUGCAGGAGUUACUAAUAAAUUGUUCGUAAGCAACUUGCCUUGGACUGUAGCACAUAAGGAGUUGAAAAACUACUUUUCACAAUUUGGCUUUGUCUCCAGUUCAUAUGUUGCAUUUGACUUGAAGACUGGAAUGAGCAGAGGCUUUGGCUUUGUGACAUUUUCCAAUAAAAAAGAAACGAUUGCUGCAAUGAAUAUGGAGACUCACAUUCUAGAAGGAAAUCGAAUAUAUGUGAAGCAAUUCCAAAGUGCCGCGUCACAUUUUUGAAUUGCAUUUUUUUUCCGUUAAAUUAGUCAUACUAGAGAUAAGCUCAACUUCAUAAAAAAAAUAACAAUUAUGGCUAACAGUGAGACCACUGAUAUAUCUCAGCUUGACAAAACAUUCGAUAGGGCUGCAGAUCAC